CAUCAGCAGCGGCAGCAGCAGCGGUGUUCCGUCAGUCAGCAGCGUCUGUCUGCUCUCUGGGCUCUUUCUGUAUCAAUCGCUUUUAUCGCUGCAGCCAUGUCCUCGCUGGGCACGCUCGCCUUCGAUGAGUAUGGGCGGCCUUUCAUUAUCAUCAAAGAUCAGGACCGAAAGUCUCGUUUAUCUGGGUUGGAGGCUCUUAAGUCUCACAUAAUGGCAGCCAAAGCAGUUGCUAACACCCUAAGAACUUCACUGGGACCCAAUGGCCUUGAUAAAAUGAUGGUUGAUAACGAUGGUCAGGUAACUGUGACUAAUGAUGGUGCAACAAUCCUUGCCAUGAUGGAUGUCGAUCAUCAAAUUGCUAAACUUAUGGUUGAAUUGUCCAAAUCUCAAGAUGAUGAAAUUGGUGACGGGACCACAGGAGUUGUUGUUCUUGCAGGAGCAUUGCUGGAACAAGCUGAGCAAUUGUUGGAUCGUGGUAUUCACCCUAUCAGAAUUGCAGAUGGAUAUGAACAAGCUGCAAAAAUUGCUAUUGAGAACUUAGAUAAGAUCAGUGACCAUUUUCCUGUUGAUCCUGAGAAUGUGGAACCGCUUAUUCAAACUGCAAUGACUACACUUGGCUCAAAAGUAAUUAACCGCUGCCACAGACACAUGGCUGAAAUUGCAGUGAAUGCUAUUCUUACUGUUGCUGAUAUGGACCGCAAAGAUGUGGAUUUUGAGUUGAUAAAAGUUGAGGGUAAAGUUGGAGGGAAACUUGAGGAUACAAAGUUAAUAAAAGGAGUAAUUGUAGAUAAGGACUUCAGCCACCCACAGAUGCCAAAGGAAGUAAAAGAUGCUAAAAUCGCUAUUCUUACCUGUCCAUUUGAGCCACCUAAGCCCAAGACUAAGCAUAAGCUUGAUGUGACCUCUGUGGAGGACUAUAAAGCACUUCAGAUAUAUGAGAAAGAAAAGUUCCUUGAGAUGAUCAAGCAGAUUAAAGACACUGGUGCUAAUCUUGCCAUAUGUCAGUGGGGCUUUGAUGAUGAAGCAAAUCAUUUACUGCUACAAAAUGAGCUGCCUGCUGUCCGUUGGGUUGGAGGGCCUGAAAUAGAGUUAAUUGCUAUUGCUACGGGAGGACGUAUUGUUCCGCGAUUUUGUGAGUUAACUUCUGAGAAACUUGGCUAUGCUGGAAUAGUUAGAGAAAUAUCAUUUGGAACAACCAAGGAUCGGAUGCUUGUUAUAGAGCAAUGCAAGAACUCAAGAGCUGCAACCAUUUUCAUCAGAGGGGGGAAUAAGAUGAUCAUUGAAGAAGCUAAGCGUUCUCUUCACGAUGCACUGUGUGUCAUUCGCAACUUGGUACGUGAUAGUCGUAUUGUCUAUGGUGGUGGAGCUGCAGAAAUAUCCUGUGCCUUAGCAGUCAGUGAAGCUGCUGACAAGUGUCCAUCCUUGGAGCAAUAUGCUAUGAGAGCUUUUGCUGAUGCUUUAGAAACUAUUCCGAUGUCACUUGCUGAGAACAGCGGUAGAAACCCUAUUCAGAACAUGACUGAAGUACGUGCAAAGCAAGUUAAAGAAAAGAACCCUGCACUUGGCAUUGACUGCUUGCAAAAGGGCACCAAUGACAUGAAGCAGCAGCAUGUGAUAGAAACGCUGAUUGGUAAAAAACAACAAAUUUCCUUAGCUACACAAGUGGUCAAAAUGAUUUUGAAGAUUGAUGACGUACGCCGACCUGGCGAAACAGAGGAAUAAAAUCUCCACUGGAAGAAAUCCUGCUGGAAGCCAAUUUGACUUAACCUGGUCUGAAUGCUAUUUAUUGCUUUAUUCAAUUUGUUUCACAUACUGUAUUCGGAGUGAUUCUACAUUAAAAAAAGAGCAAUUCUUUGA